CUCAGCUACAGAUGCCGAUGGAGACCAGAACUGCUUUGGAAAAAUAUGAACGCCUUAGGGCCGAUCUGGAAGAAGGCUUAUUGACUGAAAGGGGCUUUCAUGAAAAAGUUAGAGCUUUGCUACAGGAUACGCCCUCUACAAGCCAAGGAAGUAAAAGUAAAGAUUCACAUGUCAUUGGAGUAAAGAACCAUGAUCGUUUGCGUAUUAUCAGAAACUUAUUUGAGCAAGGGUAUACUCAGAAGGAGAUGGUUAAAGUAAUUGAAGUGUUUGGAGGAGGAAAAAUAUCGGAUCGCCAACUGAGAAGACUUUUGCACAAAAUGAAAUUGUUUAGAAGGAGUAAUGACCGCCCCAAAAAAGAAAUUUUUGCUGCAGUUGAGAGUGAAUUAAAAAAGUGGCCCCCAAUGAAAGGUGUUCGAGCUAUGUAUAGACGUGUGAGGGACUUCAGAGGAAUUCGACCAUGCUAUCGAAAUGAUGUACAUGAAGUAAUGCGUCAAUUGGAUGCAAGGGGUCUGCACAGACGACAGCCAGGAAAUCGCAAAAUUCUGAGAUGCCAGUACUCAACAAAAGGCCCCAAUCACACUUGGCACAUUGAUGGAAAUGAUAAAUUGCGUUUUUAUGGAAUCUGGAUUCAUCUGUGUAUUGAUGGAUAUUCAAGACGUGUUAUAUGGCUACAUGCAGGGACCUCCAAUCGGAAUCCACGUUUCAUUGCUAGAUAUUUUCUUGAUGCUGUGGAAACAGAAAAUGGUUGUCCACGCCUUGUGAGAGCAGAUAGGGGUUGUGAAAAUUCUUUAGUUGCCAUUAUACAGAUGUCUUUUAGAUACCGUCACCAUGACAGCUUAGCAGGAGUUAACAGUUUCAGAUAUGGGAAGUCUAUACAUAAUCAACGAGCAGAGUACUUUAAUGGAUACCUAAAAAAAUCAUGGAUAUCUUUCUGGCAAAAACAUUUUGAGGUGUGUAAUGUAGAUGUAAUACGUGUCUCUUUGAUUAACUAA